UUGUCCGAACCUGUCUAGCGUUCUCCCUCUCCUCUCCACGAACGCUCACAACAGUUUUAUCAGUUAAAGCUUUUCUUCUUAAAACAAUGCACUUCCUGGUGCCGACUUCUUCAUCUUCUUCUCCUUCUCCGGCCAACACUUCUUCCUUCUCUACCUUAUUCCUCGCUCCGGAGAGUCUCUGUAAACCACCGGCGAAAAUCCAAAUCGGAAUCCAUGGAAUCUCCGGCCACUCAUCAAAGAACACGUCUUUAUGUGCGGUUGUCGACAGGUCUUCUUCAAAUGUAUCAUCGCGAAAGGAAUCUCCGGAUGAGGAAGUACUAGUAGUUCGACGGCCGUUGCUGGAAAAUUCUGGCGAAGACGAAGGAGACAAAACGUAUCCAGCGAAGAUCGAUGCUGGUCUGAGUAAGAUAGCGAAGAAGAUGCCGAUAUUCGAGCCGGAGAGAUCGGAGUCUUCUUCGUCCUCCUCAGCUGCCGCUGUUGCGAGGGCUCAAGAGAAGCCUCUUGCAGUGAACCUCGACUUAUCUCUGUACAGAGCUAAGUUUCUCGCGAGGAGUUUCAGAUACAAAGACGCUGAGAAGAUUCUUGAGAAGUGUAUAGCUUACUGGCCGGAGGAUGGGAGACCAUACGUGGCGUUAGGGAAGAUACUGACCAAACAAACCAAGUUGUCGGAAGCAAGAAUCGUGUACGAGAAAGGGUGUCAAGCUACGCAAGGAGAGAAUGCAUACAUUUGGCAGUGUUGGGCUGUCCUGGAGAACAGAUUGGGGAAUGUAAGAAGAGCUAGAGAGUUGUUUGAUGCAGCUACUGUAGCUGACAAGAAGCAUGUAGCGGCUUGGCACGGAUGGGCGAACUUGGAGAUAAAACAAGGGAAUAUUAGUAAAGCGAGGAAUCUUCUCGCCAAAGGUCUCAAGUUUUGCGGACGGAACGAGUAUAUCUACCAGACACUUGCCUUGUUGGAGGCUAAAGCUGGUAGGUAUGAGCAGGCGAGGUACCUGUUCAAGCAGGCCACCAUAUCCAAUUCCAAGAGCUGCGCUAGUUGGUUGGCGUGGGCACAGUUGGAGAUACAGCAGGAGAAAUUCCCAGCUGCUAGAAAGCUUUUUGAGAAAGCUGUUCAGGCAAGUCCCAAGAAUAGGUUUGCGUGGCACGUGUGGGGGGUGUUUGAAGCUGGGAUAGGUAAUGUUGAGCGUGGAAGAAAGCUACUGAAGAUAGGUCAUGUGCUGAAUCCUAGAGACCCUGUUCUUCUUCAGUCCCUUGGGUUACUGGAGUAUAAACACUCAUCUGCUAAUCUUGCUCGGGCUUUACUGAGGAGAGCAUCAGAGCUUGAUCCUAGACAUCAACCUGUUUGGAUUGCAUGGGGUUGGAUGGAAUGGAAAGAAGGAAACACAACAACAGCUAGAGAACUUUACCAAAGAGCUCUCUCCAUUGAUGCAUCUACCGAAAGUGCCGCUCGUUGUCUACAGGCGUGGGGAGUUCUAGAGCAGAGAGCAGGGAACCUAUCAGCAGCAAGAAGAUUGUUCAGGUCAUCACUGAACAUAAACUCACAAAGCUACGUUACAUGGAUGACAUGGGCACAGCUCGAGGAAGACCAAGGAGAUGCGGACCGUGCUGAGGAGAUCCGUAACCUCUAUUUCCAACAACGGACAGAGGUGGUUGAUGAUGCUACGUGGGUCACGGGGUUCUUGGACAUAAUUGACCCGGCUUUAGACACUGUUAAAAGGCUAUUGAACUUUGGUCAGAACAGUGAUAACAACAACAGCCGGUUAAAUGAUACGCUUAAGUACAUGGGUGGAGCUAAGGAUGGUCAAUCUAGUCAGGUAGCUGGAAGCUCUGUGGGAGGACGUGAGGAUACUGAAACUGGGAGUGGGUUUAACUUAGAUGCGUUUUUGCGUGAGAAGCUGUCGUUGGAUCCGUCGAAAAUAGAGGUUAAUCUUGAUUCUCAGAGGCUAGGGAGAUUCAUUAGAGGGAGAACAAGUGGUGCUUGAAAAGAACAAUACAUAGAGAUUUAUUUUGGGGGGGGGGGGACUGUAAAGAUGAAGAAGGCUCUAUGUGUAAUUGAACAACAAUUGUCUAUUUCAAUUUUAAUUUUAUAAUAUUCUGAU